AUGGCACCUCCAAGGAUCUACAGGCCAGUGAAAGACUACACGAUCCCGACACUGGACCUGUGCAGUCUGAUCUACAGCUCUCCAGAGUCGCACAGCACGGAGAGCUCGGUGCUGCACAUCGAAGCGGCAGAGCCAUCGAACUGCGUUACGAAAGCGCAGGCGCGGACGUACACGCAGCGGGUGGCGUUUGGUCUGCGAAAGGCCUGCGGGAUUGGCGCGAACGGCGCAGGCAAGGAUGUCGUGGUAGUGAUCUCAACGGGCCAGGUGCUGCUGGCACCGGUGUUUUAUGGUGUCAUUGCUGCAGGGGGCAUAUACUCGGCGGCGAGCUCGUCGUUCACGACGAUAGAACUAGCGCGUCAGGUGAAGCAAGGUGAUGCUAAGGCCGUCAUUGCAAGUCCCGAUUGUAAGGACGUUGCGGUCAAGGCUGCGCUGGAGUGUGGCUUGGAUAGGAGUAAAGUGCUGGUCCUGGAUAGCAUGGGUGGCAAGCGAUCGCUGAAGAGCGUGGACGGGUCUGGUAAGGACUUCAUUGCCGGUGAGGAGAAGCACAACGAGCUCUUGAACUGGGAGGUUGUCACGGACAGCAACGUCCUGGAGAACAGGGCCAUCUGUCUGUUGUAUUCCAGCGGGACGACUGGUGUUCCCAAAGGAGUCAAUCUCACACACUUGAAUAUCGUCUCCGAAGGUCUGAUCCCAGCGUACAUGAUACGGGAAUGGAUGCAGGACCAGCGACAGAAGGUUGCCAAUUUCAAAUUUGGAUACCGGACCAUCGCUCACCUCCCUGCCGCUCACAUCGCGGGGUGUCAGGGUUACUUCGUGAACCCAGCCAUCGCUGGGGGUCCCGUCUAUUGGAUGCCAAAAUUCGACUUCGUCAAGUUCCUUGAAUACAACCGCAAAUUUGAGAUCGAGUAUUUCUUCACUGUGCCGCCGAUAUACCUGUUGAUUGCGAAGAGUGCACUGGUGACAGAUCAGUUCCGCUCCUUGAUCCGCGCCGUUACUGGAGCGGCGCCGAUGGGCCCAGAAUUGCAGGCAAUGGCGGAGCAGAAGCUCGGCUGCACAAUUUCACAGACAUGGGGCCUCAGUGAAACGACGGGGAGCGUGACCGCAAUGCCGUGGGAUCAAGACGAUCAGACCGGUUCUAUCUCCCCGUUAAUGCCGAACGUGCGUAUGCGGAUCGUGGACGAUGAUGAGAAUGACGUCGAAGAGGGGCAAGAAGGCGAAUUCAUUGUGCAAGGCCCGGUGGUGACAAAGGGUUACUGGCGCAACCCUGAUUCGACAAAAGCGGCCUUCAGCCACGACGGGAAAUGGUUCAAGACAGGAGACGUCGGCGUCAUCCGGAACGGGAAGUUUUAUAUUGUCGACCGCAAGAAGGAGCUGAUCAAGUACAAAGGCUUGCAAGUCGCCCCUGCCGAGUUGGAAGCCCUCCUACUCAGCCAUGACCGGAUCCUCGAUGCGGCUGUCAUCGGAGUUCCCGAUCCUUCAGGCAGUGGCAACGAACUUCCCCGGGCGUAUGUGGUGGCGGACAAGAACAAGAUCGGGGAGGCGGAGAUCAAGGAGUACGUGAAAAUGAAUCUCGCCCAGCACAAGCAAUUGAGAGGUGGCUGCAUCUUUCUUGAUGCGAUUCCGAAGAGCCCCAGUGGCAAGAUCCUUAGGCGCGAGUUGAGGCAUUUGGCGAAGAGGGAGGCUCAAGGCAAUGCGAGGUUGUAA